GAAAUGAAAAUGCCUGUCCUCGGAUAUGGAACUUACCUGAAAAUGAAAAUAAAUAUUCGAACAGCUCUGGAAGCUGGGUAUCGUCUGAUUGACUGUGCUUUUUUCUAUGAAAAUGAAAAGGCAAUUGGCGAGGCAAUAAAGGAAGCACUCGAGUCACUCAAACUGAAACGCGAGGACAUUUUUGUCACUUCAAAGGUGUGGCCCACCCAUGUACGACCGGAAAAUGUGCGGAAAAGUUGCGAGCAGAGUUUGAAAGACUUACAGCUAUCGUAUUUGGACUUGUUCUUAGUGCACUGGCCAGUUGCGUUUCAGGUGGGUUGCCAGCACGUGAUAAACGUUCUCUUUACUAGCCAGGCGAUGGAAAAACUUGUUGAUGACGGUCUAGUCAAAUCGAUCGGUUUAUCGAAUUUCAAUAAACGUCAAAUUGAUUUUAUCAUGGCCAACAGUCGUAUCAAACCGGUCAAUCUGCAAAUCGAAGCUCACGCAAACUUCCCGAACGAGAAACUAGUCCGAUAUGCACAAUCCAAAGGUUUGACGGUCUCGGCUUACGCUCCAUUGGGAUCGCUUGGCAACACACCGUACGUUUUCACUCCAAUCGGAAUCGAACUGAUGGAAUGGUUUGCGAAUACAAUGCAGAUUCAUUGGCAUUAUACUCGUAUGUUUUGUAUCCGUCUAUUUCCGAUCGUGGACUACUAUUUAAACGAAUGA